AUGUUUAAUCCUUCAAAUAUCAAACAACAACUUACAAAAACACAUUUAAUAGAAUUUAUUACAGCUACUAUAUUAUUUGUAGUUGGUAUGAUAUUAGAAGAAUUACCUGGUUAUCAUAUGGAAAUUCCUCUUGAAAGAAACAAUGCAAUGGUAUUGUAUAAAAACCUUAAUAGUACUGUUCCAAGUAUUCUGUGUUUAAUAAUUUCAAUUAGUUUACCAAUUGUAGUAAUAUUUCUAUUUGCAAAGAAAAGAAGUUCAACUUAUUAUUUUAUUUCUGUGUUCAUAGUCUUCUUCUUUUCUUUUUCAAUGAAUAUCUUUCUUACUAAUGCAAUUAAAUUAUUUGCUGGUAGACCUCGUCCUAAUUUCUAUGCUAUGGUUGAUGCUGGAAAUAUGAGAGAUGCAUAUAAAUCUUUUCCAAGUGGACAUUCUUCAAUGAUGUUUAAUGGAAUGAUGUUUAUUUCUUUAUUACUUUGUGGUGAAUUACAUGUAUUUAAUGGUAAUGGUUCAUUGUUGACAUUAUUAUUAUCAUUACUUCCAUUAGUAAUGGCUGGGAUUGUUGCGGUGACAAGAACACGUGAUUAUUUUCAUAAUUUUGAUGAUAUUUUAGCAGGAAGUAUUAUAGGUUCAAUCAUUUCAUUGUUGUCAUAUAUCACGAAAUUUAAAUCAUUAUGGGGGCAAAAUGCUGGUGAAAUAGAAGAAGAAGUCAAUCUUGAAUUUGAUAACAACUAUGUUGUUUAA